UGUUGGACCUCAACUCUUUUUCACCUGUUGCCCAUUAUCCCAUCAAAGAAGGAGGCACUGCAACUCACUUUCUUAUUGCCUUUGUCAAUUUCAUCCUGAUUUCACACAGCACCAGCACAUACCCUUCAUACCAACUCAAUUCACCACGCAAUAACCACUAAAAAAAAAGCACGUAUUCAACCAUGCCUGGACCUGACGAAUGGCUCGAGACAGUCCGACAAUGUCAACCCCUGCCAGAGCUCGAGAUCAAGAAGCUGUGCGAAAUGGUUAAAGAGCUCUUGAUGGAGGAAUCCAACAUCCAGCCGGUACGCUCACCUGUCACCGUCUGCGGAGAUAUCCAUGGACAGUUCUUUGACCUGAUGGAGCUUUUCAGGGUCGGAGGAGAGAUUCCAGAAACGAAUUAUAUCUUUAUGGGCGACUUUGUGGACCGAGGAUUUAACAGCUUGGAAACAUUUACAUUGUUAAUGGUGUUGAAAGCAAGAUGGCCCGAUAAGAUUACACUUCUUCGUGGAAACCAUGAGAGUAGACAGAUCACUCAAGUAUAUGGCUUCUAUGACGAAUGCCAGACCAAGUACGGAAACGCAAACGUCUGGAAGUACUGCUGCCAAGUGUUCGAUUAUUUAACGCUGGCUGCUAUUGUCGAUGGCCGUGUGCUGUGCGUACAUGGAGGUCUCUCACCCGAUGUCAGGACAUUGGAUCAGAUUCGUACCAUUCAAAGAUGCCAGGAAAUCCCACAUGAAGGAGCCUUCUGUGACUUGAUGUGGUCAGACCCAGAUGAUAUUGACGGCUGGGGAGUGAGUCCAAGAGGAGCAGGAUGGCUCUUUGGCGCCAAGGUCACGAGCGAAUUCAAUCAUGUCAACGGUCUCAACCUCAUCGCUCGUGCUCAUCAACUUGUUCAGGAGGGAUUCAAAUACAUGUUCCCGGAUGAUAACCUUGUUACAGUUUGGUCGGCACCAAAUUACUGUUACAGAUGCGGCAACGUUGCAGCGAUUCUCAAACUAGACGGCCCAACCGUGGAUGAAUCCAACUUUAAGAUUUUUUCAGCGGUGGAAGUUCAACAUACCCAGUCAUCAUCCGGCGCCGGCGGAAACCAAUACUUUUUGUAACACAAUCAAGCCUAUUACAUCCACACACCACACUUCACGGCAACGGCAUCAACUUUACACUUCUUCUCUCUUU